AUGGAAGCACGGAAGAGGAAGCGGAUGACAAAAAAGAAAGAGAAUAGACGUCUUGAAUAUGAAGCUCUUGCCAAGAAAAAACGCAAAGCACUUGCUAAUGCCAAGGGCCUAAGAGAAGAGGUUAACCUUGAAUACGAUCGGUUUUUCUAUGCAGUUGAUAGUGACAUAUUUAAAGCCACCGGUCGCUACAUUAGUGUUGCUCAUAGCCGUGAUUCCGGUAUCUCAAUGGAGGAUCCGUGUUGCUCUAUUCGCUGGAGGAUUGCUUUGACAUCUUUGGUCGGUGGUUUGUUUGGUUUUGCCAUUGCAUGA